AAUGUUGCUACACUCGUGUACAGUAGGUGGCGGUAUGGACCUUAAAGAUGCUGGCGAUCCGCCAUAAAACACAGAAGAAGAAGAACACCUGACGUUGUACUUUGAAAGGUCAGACCGGAAGUUUGGAGGUGGCCGUGGCUGCGGGCCACGGUUCGGGUCUUGGUGAGGCAGUAAACCAGACCGGACCGAACCGGACCUGGUUCUGCGAGGAUGGAGAUGUUCAGCAAGCUGAGCGGCAUGCUGCUGAACGCGCUGGAGACGGUGAGACAGCGGAAGCUGGCAUUACGUGCUUCCUGUGAGGGAGCCGACCGCCGACCUGCUGGACUCCUUCAUCGAUCACUGGAGAUCCAUUACUAACUACUAUAUCCAGACCACAGAUGACAGCCGUCCCGCCUCUCAGACCGACAUCCCGUGGCGUCUCAGGCAGAUGACCGACAUCCUGGUGUAUGAGGAGAAGCAGCAGGAGGAACCGGGUCGCUGCCUGGAGUUCCUGCUGCAGAACCGGCUGCUGGAGACGCUCUGCACCUUGGGGAAGGCUCAGUACCCUCCAGGGAUGAGCCAGCAGGUGCUGCUCUUUUUCUCCAGGCUGUUGUCUCAGAUGCAGAAGUCUCUGCUGCAGCUGGUGCCCGUCCGCACACCUGUACAGAAGCUGAUUGGCCUCUGUGCUCUUCCUGGUUCCUGCACUGAGAAGGAAGAAGCUCAGUUUUUAUUGGCUAUUUGCUCCAGAGUGUCACGGGAUCCACAGAUGCUCAGAUAUAUCCUGCAGGCCCCAGAUGCAGCCAGCAGCCAAUCAGAAGCCUCUGCCUCCAGUGCCGUCCAAUCAGAGCGUGGGCUGCUGUGGGUUCUGCUGCAGCUCAGCAGCAGCAAGAAUUCUGUGGUGCGUCUCAAAGCCUGUGAGGGAUUGCUGCAGCUGGCGUCCCUCCUGGGUGUUGCUCCUCCAGGUCCUCCAGGGGAGCUGCAAGCCGCUGCAACCCAGCUUGGGCAGCUGCUGGCUGGGCGGCUGCAGGAGCUCUACUCCCUUCUGCCUCUGGAGGAGAUACAGGUUGCUGAGCUCAGGAGCUGGCCCCGCCCCUCGUGGAGAUCAGAGUCAGCAGAUCACAUGACCCGUUUCCUCACCUGGUUCGACUUCCUGGAUGAGCUAACGGCCAACGCUCCUCAGGCGCUGUCCCAGCAGGUGUCCCACUGCGUCCUCCAGCGGUGGCUCAUGGAGACUCUUCGUCCUCAGCUGCUGAAUGCGUGUGAGCUAAGUGUCCUGGCGUCCACCUCCAUCCUCUGCUGCGCCAUCAGACAGGUCCGGUCUCCCUCUCUGCUGGACCAGCUUCUGGACUUUCUGCUGAAGACGCCUUCCAUGCUGCAGCUGCUUCUGCGGCGCUGCGACCACGCCUCCGACCAGAUCAGCGUGGCGUCUCUGUCUCUGGUGGACGAACUUCUACAGAAGCCUCGCAGGGACGUCCUGGACACGCUGGUGCUCGGCUUCCUGCAGAGCCGCCGUUACCUGUCCUCACCUGCGGGGGGCGCCGAGGACCGGCAGCCCGUUAGCGAUGGCAGCGAUGACGGCCGAGACCCGGAAGACGACCCGUUCUUCUCUGACGGUUUCCCUGACGACCACCUUCCUCCUCGUCUUCAUCAGCCUGCUGCUGGCUCCGCUGCUGACAUCAUCAACAGUUUCCUGGGCCUGGUUCCGGUCCAGGUGCGGUCGGCCCACCUGCUGCAGGACGGAGGCUACGAGGCGUACGUCCUGGACGCGCGCUCCUUGGUAAGCCAGUGCCAGGCUCUCUCUCUCCAGUGGGCGUGGCCACAGACUACUUCUCCUCCCACCUGCUCCUCAGGUGAAGAAUCAGACUUCUUCGAAGGCCCCCUGCUGAGAUUCCUAUUUGAACAUCUGGGACGCAUGUUGCAGCAGCCGUACGAGUUGAACCUGCAACUGACGGCCGUCCUGUCCCGUCUGUGCGCCUUCAGCCACCCACUGCUGGACGAGUACCUGCUGGACCCGUUCGUCCACCUGUCCGCCGGUAGCCGCUCGCUGUUCGCCGUCCUGGUCAGGGUGGUGGGAGAGCUGAUGGAGCGAAUCCAGCAGGUAGCCGACCUGCCACAGCGCCUGCUGGACACCAGGAGACACCUGCUUGGACUACAAUUGGACAGCAGACCGGAGCACCUGGCUCUGCUCCAGGGCGUCAUCGUCCUGGAGGAGUUCUGCAAGGAGCUGGCGGCCAUCGUCUUCGUCAAGAUGUCUCUGGAGCAGAACCAGGACCGCUUUUGUUCAGGGCCCGGGUCAGCCGGACCGGAACCGGCUGAAUGAUCCUGAUUGGACGCUCAUCGGCACCUGCUCAGAAGUCCUGCCCACUCCUCCUGCAGCCAGCCAGUCAGAGCAGAGGAAUUGGAUGUUUUUCUCAUUUCUUCCAUCAGAGCCAGCUGAACCGAUCACUAUUGAUCAGAACUGAUCAGGACCUGUUUUAACAUGAUGAGUUUCACUUAUUUUAGCUUCACAAAGUUCUGCUUUUAGCCAAAAAUCAAACGGGAGACGAAGGAUGGCUGGCGCGCUGCUCAGUCGGUUGCCAGUGUGACGGUGUGUUUCUUCAUAUCGGGGCAGAACGGAUCAGAACUGUUGUGUUCAGGUUCUGGUGCUGUUCUCGUUGUGGUCAGUGGAGGCCGCUGUUGCUCAUCCAGAUGUUUCCUGUCAUGUGACGCUAUGGGAGCCUGGAGGGCCAAUAAAAGAGUUUUCCUGAG